CCAGGUCCUUCAGUUUUCCUACAGCCCAGCAUCCCUCUGAUGCCACUGACUGCUCCUCAGAGAUACCUGUAGCAAGUUUCAGCUGUUUGUACUUCAUGAAGCCCCUGUCUGAACUGUUAUUUGACUCCUGAAAUCGCAAUGCUAAAAUUAGAUGGCAUGCUACAAGUGAGAAGCUUCAGGAACUAACUAUUCCAUUUGCAAAAACUGUAUUUUCACUGCUGAUGAAAUCUGCACUUCACAAUCCCAGUGUCAAUGACAGGAGGGUGCCCAGGAAUUGCUUACAGAACCGAUCACUGCAGGACAGGCUGUAUGUGAUCAGAGGAAAAAGAAAGAUUACGGUAAAACAAGCUACGGAAAAUAGCUACAGCGUAUUAAUGAGGAAUGCAUCUAAUCCCAUCUAAUUUUGUUCCAUUUAUUGUAAAGUUUUGCUCUGAGAUUUACCAUUUGUAAGACUGGAAUAGAUUCAGUGAUAAAAACAUUGCAAGACAAUCCCUUGCAGCCAUUCUGUUAAGGCGAGCUAUUCAAACUGAGCUAAAUUCAUUUUAUGACAUUAAUUUAUUUUUUUUUCUUUUAGCAUUUUGUCUGAAAGAAGACAAGAUUGGCAGCAUUUACAAUGGUGUGUGUCUCUUUAUUUUUUUCCCCAGGCAAACUAGCAGUUGUGAAUCAAUGAUGCAUUAUAUGUGCCUAAGUCCAUAAUGCUUUGUGGCAUGCCACUGAAAAGGAAAAAGGCUGAAGCCAUGAAAUACAGCUCCUCUCUGACUCGACCAAACCUGUGCAGCCAUACCCAGUUACUCUGUUUUUCAGCUACUUCCACAGAGAAAUGGGGACAAAGACACCUCAGUGGUAAAGCACUCUACUAUUCCUGGAGUGUACCUGGAGCACCAAGGGCAACGCACCCUUACUGCAGAGCAGAUGAGACUGCAGUAUCUGUCCCUGAGAACAGCGGCUGCCUGCCUGCUUCUGGAGCGCUGCGGGUCAUGCUGCUCACUCCAUCCGCAGAGACGGCAAGUGCUCGUUCUGUCUUGUGGUCUGACUAUGUACCCAGGAUAGAUGGCCUGAUGGUAAAGUGUCACGCCAAAAAGAUGAUCCUUUGGACAUCAGCUGAGACAAACAGCUCUGCAAAGCAAGAGGAGGAGUCCAGCCCCGGCCAGCGUUGCCCUGCUCAGAACACAGGAGCUGCUCCUGCCAUCCCCUGCCUGCUGCUCCCCAGGGAACUGCAGCUCUGGGACAGGCUCCCUUGGCACGGCCAUGCUAUUUCUGCUCAGAUUUGAAUCAGCAAAACAGAAUGUUUCCUGCCCUUGGAGGGGUGAAUCCAUACUGGAUAUUAGGAGCCCGUGUCAGCACUAACAGGAUGCAGACCAGGAAGCUAUGAACAACUAGAACAAGAGGGGUGAUGUUUUGGCAGAAUUGGAAUGAAAUGUUUAGUAUAUAUGUAUGUAUAUAGGAACAGAAUAAGUACUGGAACUAAAAUAUUCUCUAUACAACGGAAAUAAGGCUCUCAGCAAACUAGUUUGGUCGAUAUGGAAGUAAUCAGAAGGUUAGGAGAAAAUGGUUAAGAAUUGAGAAUAUGAAGAGUUACAUCCUGCAGUAGCACACCACUGGUACUCUAAUGGCAAAUCAGUGGUCAAAAAGUCUGGAGUCUAACAAAAAUGGAGCUAGAAUUAAUAUUGGUCAAUUAGCAUACAAAUGGACUUGAACUCUACUGGAAUGCAAAGCAUUACUCUAAGGGAGCUAACAGAGCAUAUUGACCAAAAUACAAGUAGGAACUUGCCCUGUAGUGUGGAUCUAAAUAAGACCAGAGGUAGUCACAAGUGUGGCGCCAUCUAAUGUGUGGUGGCUCUGAAAGCUGCUCACCAUUUCCUAGGUCUGGACUAGCAUGCAUUCCCACCUCUUCUGGCAGCUGAUAGUAUUUAAAAAUGGCAGCUUUGAUAUAUCUCGAUUAAUAUCAUAUUAAAAAAGCAGGAAAAUACAAAUCAGCUAAGUGUAAGGUGAACUGAAUUUUACCAUCUCUUCCUGAACUAAAAGCUUCUCAAAUUAUCCCCAGAAAGCCCCUGGAGUGGUUUAAGAAAAGCCACAAGGUAACUGUUGCUGAGCCUUCAGUACUGGGAAGUCCAGGGAGCCCAGCUGAUCCAAACAAAGAAUUCUUUACAUGCUAAUCAAAAGAGAGAUUCAGCAGGUGGCCACAUUGCUUAGGCUCUGUGAAAAGAAACUGAAAAGUAAGAACAAGAUCAAACUGAAUGUAACAUGGACAUGACAUGACUAUUGCGUUUUGCAUUUGACAUAAUGGAUAUCUUCAGGCACAAUGGCCAAAUCCAUAAUAUUUUUGCUUUCCAAAGAACAUGAAAGGCUGCCUUUUCAUGAAAGGAAAAUUUCAUCUGCCAUGAGACUACAAUAAUAAUAUCUCAGGCUUACUCUAUAUAAAGAUCUUUUCUAAGUUUACAAGAAAAUAACUUGUUUGAUUAAAACAUUUGCAAAAAACAACAACAAGCAAAACAAAUCAUUACACAUUUUGGAUCAAAUGGCUUCACAGCCUUUUAACAGUAACUGUUACAGAACAAACGUUAGCUACCAUUCUCUUGGGAGAAACAACCUUUGGCAAAAGGACUCUGGGGCAUGUAGCACCUUAAGCCUUUACAGUCAGAUUCAGUAAGACUCUCAGACCCCUUCUCUGAAUCUGUGCUAGGUUCAGUGGGAAGCUGAUAGGAAAUAAUUUAUGAACUGGGCAUCUUGUAAAUCCUGCUCUUCUCCAUAAAUUGAAAGAGGGAUGGAAGGAGAGAGUAGCAGACUUUUCUUCCAAAUCACAGGAAGAAGGCACAUCCCUUCUAUCAGAGGUCUCAAGGGAUACGAUAUCUAUACAGCAUGUAGGAAGCCAGACAUCAGUUGCCUUCUCCUUUAAGGUGGUUGGAGCUCUUAUCAAGGAGGAAAAUAUCCCAAGCAUCUAAAGCCAAAGAUAAAGCCCUUGUCUGUGCUAGGCAAGGGAUGUAUUUAGUCCUUCUUGCUGAAGCUGAUUCAGCUUGCAUGAAAUAAUAUUCACUAAACCAGGAGGGUAGAAGCAAGAAUGAUUUAAUCUAAUGGUUAGAGCACACACUGAAUAGUCCCUGCUCUCAUAAAAGCGUAGAAAUUUAUACUGACUGCACUGCUGGCAUCUGCACCUGCACAGUUCUAGUUUAAACGGCCAGGCUUAGAUUAUCUGCAUUGCCCAUCUUUAAUAACUUAUGGUGACCCAUAUGAGAGUCUAAACUCAAAACUUGCAGACUUAAGCCUUCUAUUGAUAUGCAGAAAGGAAAAAAAACAUUAUUUUCCCCCUUAUAUAUAUAUGCAUAUACAAUGUAUAUACAAUUGCCACUUGUUACCUACAGAAACCAUUUCUUGAAGGGACCUUACUUCCUUUUUUUUUCUCAGUUCAAGUGAUGAUGAUCACAAUGAUUCAAUAUGAAGUUGAUUUUCACACUGGAGAAACUGUCCUGAGACCAACAGUCUGACCAUUUCCGGAACAGUUUAUAUCUGAAUCAAAUAUCAUUUGGCAUUUUGCAGAUGUUUUCACAGUCACAAAUUGCUAUGGUAGAAAAAAAAAAUACUGGGAAAAGCAGACUUUGUAUGUCUUAUGACCUGGCUAUAAUUUCAUUUUAAAUGUUGAAGAACAUUGCAUAAAAGAGGAAAUCCUUAUAAAGGGCCAACAAGGGUUAUAAAGGGAAUAAAGUGAUGUGAGUCGGAUCAAAUUCAUUUUCUUUUGCUGAAAGUCUAAUUGGGGAAAAAAAAAAAAAAAAAAAAGAAACUAAAGGUCUACUGUUGCCCUUCAAGAAAUUCAGCAUGAGGUUGAAAUUCAUGCCUGAAGCAAUUUUGAAAAGUCAGAUGUUUGAUUUAUUGUGCUCUGAACGGUUUUGUAAAGCUUUUUACUGAAGAUAUCAAAGUUAUACAAAAGUAUUCUGUCUGAUUAAGGGCAAUCAUGAUUCCCUUAGAAGAUAUAGACACUGUUUAGGCUUGUUCCUUAUUUACUGUAAAUUUCUUUUUUUUUUUUCAGUCUGAAUAGAUGGAGCUUCUUAAAAGAAUUUGUUCAAGACUUGCAUUAAAGAUUCACAGUUUGUACAGCCAUAGCACAGAUGCAGAUUUGCAGUGUAUGAUAUACCUGGAUUCUGCUGUCAUCUAUGAUAAUGACAAAUCAAGCAAACAAGAUUUGAGAAAGCCAAAAUACAGCUCCAUUCAAUAAAAUGAUCAAAAAAACAGCCAAAAAGAGCCAUUCGUUCACCAUUCUGCUCUAGGGCAGAAAGCUUGUAACACAGCUUGUAAAGUCUUAAAACACAGCCCUGUAAUGUGAAAAAACACACAACAACAAGAGAACAACAAAAAAACAAGUUUGAGCAAAUGUUCACUGCUGUACAGCAGUAAAUAUCAGAUGAAUGAAGGAUUCCAGUCAUUUCAAGACUAGAUGAGGUAGAAGGGUGGGCGGAUUUGCUUGUGAAUCCCCAGUGCAGUUCUCUGUGCUGUAACUCACUGCAGCUCCAAUGACAUUUGGGAAAAAGCAGGAUUUCUGGCCAUAAACGUGACUUCACAUGUGUGUGAUCACAGUGGCUUCAACUUUUAAAUUAUACAUAUAUAUUGACUCAAAAGUUCUUUUCUCCAUACAUUCUGCCUUCCCUUGCUCACAUUAUCUACAGUAUCAGAUGUUUUAAGUCAGAACUUCCAGGCUCUUGCUAAUUAUUUCAGUUUUUAAUUUAAUGUGAUGCUUUUGCUUUAUUUUCAUGGUUUUCCAGAGAUAAACCACAACGCAAUCACAAAACCUGGGAGCUGAAGAAAUGCUUCAGCUGUGGGCCUACAGUGCCUAAUGUAGUCCCACACUUGUACCUUGGCCAAGGUACAUUUCUACGGCAGACUCAGGGCCCCAGAAACCAGUAUAGCUCCUCCCAAGCUUUUUCAAAGGAAUAUGAAGCUUAACACAAAUAGCAUCAGAAUAAUAAGACAUCAAUAAUGCAUUACUUGCAAUGUAUUCAUUUUUGAUUCACAAUGCACUUAUUAAUGAGUUAAAAGACUGCAUAUCAAUUGAACCAUUAAUUAGUUGAAGGGUAAAUUGUUACUACUGACUUAAUUACUUUCUAGCAAAUAGUCUUUUCUUAAAAAGUUAAUAUCUGAUUCUUUUGACAGAUCCUAAACAUGCAGCAAUGUUGACUGAAAAGAUAAAAGACAAUACAGGAGCCAGGAGGUUAUCCAGAUGAGAUAUAGGGUGUGCUUAUUUUGAAAUUACUUUCCUUAAUCUUCUAAUGUAAAGCACAUGGUACUCUGAUCAAAAAUAAGAUGAGGAAAAGAAAGGAGAGGCUGUUUGUAGACUGUAUUAGAUUAUAAGCCACAAGGAAUUUAUCUUUCCUAGAAGAGAGGAAUGCUGUGUAAAAUAAUACACAAACAUUCAGCUCAACAGGGAGAACCUUACUCACCGUAGCAAUAUUAUCGCAUCGCUGCGCUAUGUUCUUAGCAAGCCAUGCAACUGAGAAUCUAGUAAUGCAAAGCAAUAUGAUCCUUACACAUCGUGUUUGUAGGACACACAAAUGUCCUUAGAACGUCUGCUGGCUGAACAGAUUCAUGCAGGUUUCCUACAAUCACCACUGCAUCCACUUUUUUGAGACUUCUACUUCUGGGUAUAAAUACAACAGCUAAUGAACAAUGCAGUGUUAUAAUGUGUUUUUUUAUGAAUAAAGAAUCUGUAGCAGAGUGCAGCUAAAGAGAAAUUUUGGUAGGCAAAAUCUGUAGCCAUUUGUUUCACCAUCAAAACUAUUUUGAACAGUACUUGGAUUUCCAAAAGAGAUUUCCCAUUCAAGUUCACAUUCAGACCUUCUUUAAUUUCACAAAGUUAUGCUGUAGGUGCAAGAAACUUGGUCACAGUGGGUUAAUUCCAUAAAAGAUAGCACAGAUGCAUAGAUAAAAUGUUAUUGUAACAGUAACUAUAUUAAAAAUUCAGGUCUCAUAGAUUGUAAGUGGUUUGGGAAACAAAAAUUCUAGUGCCAUGUAAGUGGAAAGGUAGCAUUGAGACUCCUGAAUAUUUACAAUAGAUGUUCCAAGUAAACACUGAAAGGAGAAAUCUGCAUUAAUAAGAACAAAGAUAGCAGAUUAAUUGUUAAAGACCUUUAUUGCAUAAGAAUACAUUUUAUUUUAAUUCAUAGAAGAACAUUUUAACCUCAUUCUAAGUUUGGUAAAUUAAAUUAGAGACUGCAAACAGAAGCAAGUACUUAAGAAAAAAAACUAAGCUUUUUCAUUGACAGCAUUUUCUGAAGUAUUGAUCCCAUCCUGGCAGAAUAUUGGUUGCUAUCAAAGCCAGUAAUUUGCAUUAUUUAUUUGAUAUAUUUGUCAAUAAUUUGAUGUGGAAAAUUUGAUUAAAAAAGAAGUAACACGGGAUCUGUUAACUUGAUUUUUUUUUCAUGACUGCUGAAAUCACUUCCUAACAGCAGUUACUCAAUUAGGUAGCAAUGCUAAACUCAGCAAAAUUCUCAGUGUUAGUUGCCUUAUUAUUCUGGCCUGCCUUGCUUUGUUCCAGAAUAAUUCCAGUUUUUACACAGUUGGCUUUAGUAUGAUCAUCACAUCCAAAUUUAUCAGUAAAACACUAAAGUAUGUAUUCUGUCUGGUGAAACCUUAACGCAUCUGCUUCAGCAGUGCACUUAAGGAAACGUGGGCUAGUUGGAGAAAGGCCAAAGAAGGAGAGUGACUGGCAAUUAGGAAACAUGGCCUACAGGGAAUGACUGAAAAAAUAGGUGUUAUUUUGUAGGAAAAAAAAAGAAUUUGAGGAGUGAAAAAAUAAUGAUUAUUCUUGCAAAAGGAAAAGAAAAAUCUGUCCAGUGUGCAAUUGAUUAACAGGCUUUAACUGUAAUGAGUGACAUUGAAAGUAAUGUAAGGUAAAUAUUGUUAAAAUGUUUCUUAUGAUAAAAUAAUCCAAUUCUAAAGAAAUUGCUACAAUACUGCAAUCUUCAGUACAUUAAACAAAUACGUCCAGAAAUGACACAUGCAUAGCUGAUCUUGCCUUGGGCCAUGGAGAAGGACUACCUGAGCUCUUAUGACUCUCUUAUUUUGUUUUCUCUUUCUUUGAGAUUAUCAAUAUCUACAGUAAAGUUAGUUCCUUCUGUAAAGGCUCCAAAGACAGGUCCUAAAUCUUUCAUGCUGACAAUAAUCAUGAUGAUAGAAACAACACCUGUAACACUGGAAUGUGAAAUUCCUUACCUCACAAAAUUUCAGUAAGAAUCUCCUUAAAAAUGACCUUGUAUUGUGAUCCUGACAAAAUCUCAGCUGCACCUGAAGCUGCAAGAUGAUCUUGUAGUGAACGGUAGCAUGGUGACUUCCUCCUGUUGGCAACAAAAAUAAAGUGCACGAUGCAAUCAAAACGCCGUAAACUCCAACAAGGCCAAAGCCACAGUCAUAUUUCAUUCUCUAUCAUUUAUUUCUGUUACAUUUUGAUUUAUUGCUUUAUGGUAUAUGAAUGCUGAAACUGAUAAAUUGUGCCGAGGUCAUUUUCAUUCUCCUAAGUAUACAAAUAAUCUAUAUAAUGUAGUUCUUGUUAAAUGAUCCAUGCCUGAAGAGAAAAUGGUCUUUGACUAAAUUCUUUUCAUUUAAGUACAAGCUCUGAGUGUACUCUAUGUACAUGUGUCACUCCUGACAAUUUAUCUAAGCCUAGAUUAACUCCGACAGCUGAACUCUCACGUACAAAAAAUGUUUUGAGAACAAAAAGAACAUGGCAACAUUCUAACUAAUGCAACUGUUUUUUCCUGUUUUUUUCUAAUCAGUUUUCUUUUGUUUUUCGCUGCUUUAUGCUAGCAUUCAUUUUGAUUGAAGUGUGGUCCCAUGAGUAGGGUAAAAAUAAUACAGUAGCUUUGGAAUUAAUAAGUCAAGAAGACUUAAGGGUCUGGUUACCAUUGCUGAGCUAUUGCUUCGUGCUGCACAGGGCUACAAGGCACUGGCUGUGUAUAACUAUGAGCUCCUAUGAGGGACAAAACCUUCCUGCUGCUUUAACCUGUUCAAGACAACUGCCAGCCCCAUCCAGCACGUUUUUAUCUGCCUGGCCUCUCUCAAUAGCAGUGGGUAUGCUAAUCUGCUCUCUAGAUCUGUGCAUUGCUCUACUCAUCCCUGCCUCUCUCCAGCUAAAUUUGGGAUCCACAAUAUUCCCAUUUAAUUCCUUAUUCACUUCUUGAUUUUCUUUGCUAAUUACUUCCACAAUAAAUAAUUCAAUUGAAUAGAGCUGUCUCUCUGGGUUUUAUAUCAUUUUCAUCACUAGUUUCUAGAACUACUUGAAGCUAAUUCAGCCAACCUUCUAGAGUACCUUUCUACUUACAAAAUAGAAUUGCUCAGAAAAGAAGAAUGCAU